GAUUCAAUCAAAAAUGUUGCUUGAGUUCUUUGCACUUGGCGUUCUGUCCUAUUCCGCACUUGGAAAAGGUAUUUUAAACCCGCAGGAGGUAGUAAAUGCACUGCCUAAGCCUGCUGAUCUCUUCGACUCUGAAGUACCAGGAAGCGGCAAUGUGCAUGGCGCAAAGGGCAAAAAAGGCGCAGAAAUGGGAAUGAAUGAUCAAAUAAGACCGGAAUCGGGCAAAGGAGCAGCUGCAAAAGCUCCUGGUACCAAGCCUCCUACCGAAGUAACCGAAUUGUCAGGUGGAGACAAGGAAUUAAAUAAGGAAGCAACUACCAAACCUCCUACCGAAUUGCCAGGUAGAGACAAAGAAUUAAAUAAAGAAACAACUACCAAACCUCCCGAAGUAACCGAUUUGCCAGGUGGCGACAAAAAAUCGGACAAAGAGGCAACUACCAAACCUCCUAACGAAGUAACCGAAUUGCCAGUUGGAGACAAAGAAUCAAAUAAAGAAGCAACUACCAAAUCUUCUACCGGAGUAAGCGAAUUACCAGGUGGCGACAAAGAAUCGGGAAAAGAAGCAACUACCAAACCUCCUACCGAAGUAACCGAAUUGGCAGGUGGCGACAAAGAAUCGGACAAAGAAGCAACUACCAAACCUCCUAACGAAGUAACCGAAUUGCCAGGUAGAGACAAAGAAUCGAAUAAAGAAGCAACUACCAAACCUUCUACCGAAGUAACCCAACUGCCAGGUGGAGACAAAGAAUCGGAAUGGGGCAAACAAACAACUUUCAAACCUCCUGGUGAGUUCGAAUUCCGAUUCCCAGGUGGCGGCAACAUGUAUGGCAGAGGAGGCGCAGGAAUAGGAAUGCAUAAUCGUGGAUUGGGAAUUUCUCUGGGUCCAAUAAUAAACCCGACGGAUUGGAGGGAAUGGGACGGGGCAUGGAAGGAGUGGGACGAGGAAUGGAAGGAAUGGGACGAGGAAUGGAAGGAACGGGACGAGGAAUGGAAGGAAUGGGACGAGGAAUGGAAGGAAUGGGACAAAGAGAUAAAAGAAUUGGACAAGGAAAUGGAUGAACUGGACGAGGAAAUGAAAGAAUUAGACAAGGAAUGGAGGGUCCUAGGAAGACCCGUACACGGGUCUAAAAGAACCGCUUCUCUCCAGAACGAGGAUACUGGUAAUCGCAAGGCAUCCCAUCAGCUUGAGUGAUAUC